AUGAAAAGAAUUGAAGAAGGACAAUUUCAAGUCACAUUUUUGACACUUCGGCAAUAUCCUGAAGAAUUUUUUAAGUACUUUCCUAUGUCAAUAACGUCAUUUGAUACACUAAUUUUGCUGGUUGGAAAAUAUAUACAAAAACAGAAUACAAAUAUGCGUAUUUCUAUAAAUCCUGAAGAAAGGUUAACAGUGACGAUAAGAUACCUAGCUACUGGAACUAAUUUUACCGCGCUACAUUUUGAGUUCUUGGUGGGUGUGUCAACAAUUUCCAGAAUAGUUUUGGAAACGUGUGAUGUUAUUUGGCAAAUAUUGCAACCCAUUGAAAUGGCAGCACCUACUACUCAAGAUUUGCUAGAAAUAUCAAAUGGAUAUUUUAAAACAUCAAAAUUUCCUAUUUGCGUUGGAGCUGUUGAUGGCAAACACAUUAGGGUGGAAUGUCCAAAAAAUAGUGGGACACUAUAUUAUAACUAUAAACAAUAUUAUUCACUUAUUCGUAUGGCAGUCUGUGAUUCAAACUAUUUUUUCCGAAUAAUAGAUGUUGGUUCUUAUGGAAAAGAAAGCGACUGCAACAUUUUUAAAAUAUCGUCUUUUGGGAAAAAACUGUAUUCAAACCAAAUUAAUUUUCCUCCAGAUAACAAUUUACCAGGUGAUGAUUUCGGUGAACCUCAACCAUUUGUAAUUGUGGGUGAUGAAGCUUUCGCCCUACAUAACAAUUUGUUAAGACCGUUUCCUGGUAGGUCAUUAAAUGACCAAAGAAGGAUAUUCAACUACCGGCUAUCAAGGGCCCGACAAACAAUAGAAUGUUCAUUUGGCAUUUUAUCUCAAAAAUGGAGAACAAAUGAAAGUCAUUCACAUAUUGUAUCUAUUAAUGAAGCAACUGAAAAUAAUCCAGCUCCCUUAUUUCUUGACUUGCAAGAAAAAUAUUGUGGAGAGGAAAUUUUAAGUCUAACAUUAAUUCAAGCAUUGAACCUUAUUGAACAAUCGGUAUCUUAUGCUAUAUUUGGAAAACUUUAA